AUGCCUCCCAAAAAGGGCCCGCGUAAAUCGAUGCCUGGUGGCAUCAGUAGGGCUCAAAAACUGGCACCAUCCCGGCGGUCGCCCAGGGUGCCUCCGCAAAAUAAAAGUCUAGACAGCAGCCCCUCGUCUCCCACCAAAACGCUCCCCAUCACAACCUCGUCCCCUCCAGACAGUUCUUUCAACUUCCGCUUUUACACACCCAAGCCCGCUUCUACACCCAAGCCAGCUUCCCCGAGCUUGCGCACACCAGGGAAAUCCAUUGAAACACCUCCACACCGCAAGGCAUUCCAACCACGCCCAACACGUCUCUCGAAUGUUUACACCCCCACUGCAGCUGUUCCGGCCACAACCCGCAGUAGUGGGCGCAGCAAACGAACGAACAUGCUCGAAACUCCCAAGAAGCAAGUCUUAGAGCUGUCAGAGUCUGAGAUACCCGACAGCGUUGAGAGUUCUGGUUCAUAUCUUGACGUUGGGACGAAAGCAUCUUUUGGGACGAAAGAAGAUACCAAAGCACUAUCAAGCUCUCCUUCCACUCCCGACAUGCGCAACUCCUCUCGUGUCCGUAAGCCUACCAGACAGGCAAUUGAGUCUCAGGAAACAUCCAAGAGAGGGCCCCGUCGUAAGAAUACUUCUGCUCCCGCUCCGACUGUGGACAAGAAUGCCAAAGUUGCGAAAGGCAGUGCCGCCAAGAAGCCCACUCUGAAGACCCGAACUUCUAAGAGAACAGCAAAUACUAGCAUACAAAAUGAUUCCGGCCCGGCCGCAAUGGACGCUAACAUGAAAGCUGGGGUCAUGCUCUUGCGCCAGAUCUUCGAUGAGAUCAGUGAUCCUAAUUUCGUCCCUCCGCCUGAUGCCCGCGAGACUCUCGCCAAGCUCCGAGAGGACUUCUACCGGCGCGAACGGGAAGAAAAAGCCAUGAAGCAAAAAGCCACGAAGGAAAAGGCCAUGAAGUCGCCUGUGGUUCAAUCAGAUGAGCCCAAUGACAUCGAAAUGGUAGACCAAGACGCUUCAGAGGCACCUGAGCUCUCUCUCUCGUCGUCUACCCCAUCUCUGGCCAGUUCAGCCACGACUGGUAUGCUGGGGUUCAGGAAACGCUCUGAGACCACUGUAUCUGGUGAUGGUUGGGUCGAGACCGGUUAUGUCAAUCCUUGCGGGGAAAGCCUGACUAUUAUGCCUGCUGAGUUCGAACCCUUCAUUGCUUUCAACUCAUAUGGUUACAAAGACUUGCCCUUCCCUCCCGUCCGUGUCCAGUCUACUCAACAGGCCGUCACUAGGCAAGCUUUCGGGUUCCCCCCUCCGAUGGGUCAUCGCAACAUCCCUGCUAGCGUAGCUACUCCCUUCGUCAUUGAGGAUGUCCAGGCAGAGAUGGCCCUGUUUUCUAGUACUUCUACUGCAGCUCCGGCUGUUAGUAGCAACAAAAAGCCCCGCGCACGUAAGCGCCGCGCCACUGAGGCCAUUUCAACUGGCCAAGUGGGUGACGAGGCAUCCGCCUCCACCCCAGUCCAACCCGCCGCCCCUGGUGAGCGCAAGUCACAGCGCCGCCGCCGCCAGACCGAUCCCGCUCCCACCGCCGCGGUCUCCUCGCCCUCUACCCCAACUGCGCCAAAGGGUAGCGCCGCCGCCGUCUCCAACCGCGGCACCGAGGGCAACAAGCCCAAGGUGCAGCAGCGGCUUCGGCUCACCCUGAAGCCAGCCAAGGAGGCCAAGUCCUCCCCGGCCAGUUCAAGCGUGGGUUCUCCUGCAAAGCGCCGUGGGCGCCGGAGCUGA